AUGUCUGGACGAGGAUUGCCACUCAUCCGCCGACCGGUCACUCCUCUAGACCCCAGUCUCACCACUCGUCCAGUGCCGCACGAACGCACAUUCACCGGGCGAUCGUUUGGUCCCGGGGCCGCGGCAGAUAUCCACAAGACCGCGCGCCCCCUAAAAGAAAUCGAUCCAGAGGCUGUACUAGAGUCAUGCCAUCCUGCUCGAUAUUCGCAUUAUGAAAACGUCGCGAUAGACAACACGACUCGCAACCUUCUCAAAGUUGUGGAACGCAAGGAGAAUAUGCGCUCGGACGACGGGCGGGUGUUCCUCGAGCGAGAUCCGACAUGGGGAUUCUACGUUUUCGUCACGGAUUACUCAACAGAAGUCUCCGAGAAUAUCCCCCGAGCAAUGGAGACGUUGAUGGGCGUUGUGCAGCGCAAGCUACGAUAUUGGACGUGCCUUCCGUACGCUGAAGAGGCUUUCCGUCGCUUCAAGCUGGAUCUGGUUGAGGACCAGGUUGCUCUGGAGGGGGCAAGUUAUGAUCGCAUUCGUGCAGAGUUCCGAGCACUGAUUCAAGCCAAAACUCGAGACCUAAAGUCAUCCUCGGAGGAAUGGGAUGGUAAAGAGGAGUUUGAUUUGUGGCCCUGGGUACGCUAUCUGGCUUGCCUGGUUCUCGACGGAGCGGCGGUAUCGAUGCUAGCUAAUCCUCCGCUUUUGGAAAACUUGGAAGAGCAUGAUCGGUUUUUGAUAGACAAGGUGGUGUUGAAAGUUGUUGAUAGGUUUUGGCAACGCCCACCUCCGAUUGUUCUUACGGCCGAAGAAUAUCGAGGAGUAGUGGAUUGUUCCAUUGGGCGGCUCCCGCUCCUCUAUCAUGAGCUCACAUCAGACUCGGGCACGGGCGCUGUAGAGACAUUCUAUGAGCAUCAACGUCUAGGUCUGUGGUAG